UGCUUCCGAGUUCCAACAGGUCAUUGGAGUCGUUCGGCUCUUAAAUAUUCGCGUGGGGAUUCCGAGGGAAAGGCGAAAGAGCCGAGGAUGCCCGCAUUAGGGUUGGGAUUUCAAGGGGAGGUGGUGGAGGAGGAGGCGCGGAGGAAGGAGGGGCGGCAGCUGAGGUCGGGGGGCCGGCGGAGGCGGAGGCGAGGCGACGAUGGCAGCCCCGACACCUUGAUCUAUUACUCCUCCGACCACCACUCUUGCAGCGGCGACGGCGCGUUUGGUGACGCCGGAGGCAGUCUCUUCUCCUCCGGCGCCAGGAGCGCCGGCAACCCCUGCUCCUUCGGAUCCGACCACGAAGCCGUCUUCUCCAUCUUGCAGCCCUUGGCGGGACGCGAGGCCGCCGGCGCUGGCCGUCCCGCGCACCCAGAUCUAGAAGGCAGGUCCUCCCCUCCUCACCAUUCCCUAGGUAUCCUCACCCCGCCCCGAUGCCACAGCCUUCAGCCACCUAAUCCCUCCAAAGUGCCAGCCAAGGACUUGGAACAGAGAGAACCGGAAGAAGUAGAAGAAGAAGAAGGGAAGGAGGAGGAUGAUGUAGUAGUCGAAAAACAAGAAUCUCUGAAGCCAUCAAAGCAUUCCUUAUCUAACGCUUUCAAAGAAUGCCAGAGCCGGCGGUGCAGAUCUGAAGCUGUUACUUUACCCAGUAGGAAGCCGUGCAGGCGGCGGCCUGUCUCCCUCGAUUUCAACGGCCAAACCGCUGAUUUGUCGGUCCUGUCGCCGCGGUUCUUCGUUGGUGGCGUACCAGGGAUGAAGAAGAGCUCCGCUACCUCAUCUCGAAGUAGGUCCGGCACGUUCCCAAGUCCCGGGACGCCGAACUACCGGCACGGCGCUGGAGCGGCUGCAUACCAGAAGGGAUGGAGUUCGGAACGAGUCCCUCUGCCGGCCCAUAACAAUCGGAGAUACGGGGGCAGCGGCAUGUUGUUGCCAUUCGCCAAUGGAAGGGCUUUGCCCUCAAAAUGGGAGGACGCAGAGAGAUGGAUCUUCAGCCCGGUCUCAGGAGAUGGGGUUGGGAGGUCACCGAUGCCCCCAUCACAACAUAGGCGGCCCAAGUCGAAAAGUGGUCCGCUUGGAGCUCCGGCUGGAGUAAGUGGGACUUAUUCAUUGGCUUCACCGCUCGUUCCUUGCUUUGAUAGUGGCAGGGUCGGAAAUUUUGCAGCGAACUCACCUUUCCUAGCAGGAGUUUUGAUUCCCGAACGAGGUUUUUAUUGCAAUGGUAGUGGAGGAAGAGGAGUUGGUGAUGGUGGAGGAGGAAGGGCAGGAAUAAUAGGAGUUGGCGGUGUCAGUGCCAUGGGUGGGAACAAUUCGGGUAACGGAGAGCCUUAUAUAGUCCGAUCUGCUAGCAUUCAUGGUUGGUCUGAUACCCUGAUCGAGUCAUCUUCCUCAGUUCCGAGCUCUCAGGAUGAGAAAAUUGAUGGUACCAUAGAAGCAGCCUCUACAGUUUCAACCUCAAUUUUGAGGAAGGAUGUGGCAACACAAAUGAGUCCAGAGGGAAGCACUCCCUCCUCUCCCAAGGAGGGACCGUUUUCCUCGUCUCCGGCUUCAGUUCCUCCCAUUGAGGAGGUAGAGCGCCACUUCUCAAAGAUUGAGAUUAGGGAUGUGGAGGUGGAUGAUCGGGUUACAAUGACCAGAUGGUCCAAGAAACACAUAGCACGUGACUCUGAUAGGCAUCCAACAAGCAUCAUAGAAUGGAAGAAGAGGACGGCGGAGGAAAAUACAGAUGCUUGGGUAGUUGCUGAGACAACAAGAUCCAUAUCAAAGCAUAAGAGAGAGGAAGCCAAGAUUACAGCUUGGGAGAACUUGCAGAAGGCAAAAGCAGAUGCAGAGAUCAGGAAGCUAGAGAUGAAACUAGAAAAGAAAAGAUCUUCUUCGAUGGAAAAAAUUAUAAACAAACUUAGAUUGGCUCAGAAGAAAGCUCAGGAGAUGAGGAAUGCAGUGACUCCCAGCCAAGUCAACCAGGUACCAAAGACUGCCAGAAAGUGUCAAUACUUCCGUAAGCGUGGGCAGAUCAGUUCUCUGAGUGGCUGCUUUACUUGUCAUGCCUUCUAGUCCUCCUUAGUUUCCACUGCAAACCUUUUUAAAAUCAAUGCUUGAGUAACUUAUUUUGUUAUGAUUCCCCGAGAUGGAGGCCUG